AAAAUAAUUACCGUUGCAGCGAGGCAGGGUAAUCCACCCUUCCUAUGCAGUUCGGGCGGAGUAGCGGCGCGUAAUCAGCCGCGAUGUCACCGUGAUCUUAUCGCAACUCACAGCAAUUGUAUCCUCCAACGGAGCGUCCUCCGCGCCGCACGCUCUCCGACAAUCACCGCUCCGCGGUAUCGAUCGAAGCGUACCCGAGCGAGCGCCGAAAUCGCCGCGGAGCCGAGGCCGAGGAACGGCGAGGACGCCGAACGUGCGGACGCGAAUUUCAACGCGCGAGGAGGUCCUCGCGUUAGAAUCAGAAAACGGGGAGAUGCCACACAAGAGAGAGAGAAGAGGCUCGACGCGCGACGGUCGGUCAGAACCCGAGAGGUUCCGCGCGUUCGUUGGCCGCGCGCGCGGCGGGUAGAACCGAUCGACCUGGCGACCUUCCCCUCCGGAGGUGAACUAACGUCUCCCCCGUCUGCGUCGGCGAGCGUGUAUCCCCACCACUUGACCCACCUGGUCGAACCACCACCUGACUGAGUCCCACCGAAUAAUCCGUGGAGCGCCCAACGCGCGCCCAUGAGGUUCUCAACGAGACGGGAAGAGCGGACCCUGAUAACGAUCCUUGCGCGCAAAUUUUGCCUUGCUUGAGCUUCGCCCGUAAGGGCAAAGAGCAGAGUGGCCGUCUCGUACCCUUCCUUGCCGGAAAUCAUUCCACGAAAUUCUGCAAAAAGAAAUAAAAUAUACUACAAACUAAAAUAUAACUGCCAGAAUCUAAGAAAUUCUACGUAAAUUUAAAAAGUGUUGUAAAAGUCGACAUGAAAAUGCUACAACUGGAACACUCCUGUUAAUUUUUGUAAUAUUUUACAAGUAAGCAGACGUUUUAGUUCUUUGGGAUUUUGUUGUUUCUCGACACCCGAGCGAGGAAACGCGUGGCGAACAUCUGUUUCCUGGGCAGAUGAAGGACGUAAAAAUAGGGAAGCGCUGAGACUUGGCAUGCAAUUUUAGGAGUCGCGCGUCGUCGCGUGAUAUUCGAUUUAUUUCAUUACGAGAAUGCAAAAUGGUUGCACCGUCUGGUGUUUCGCGCCGAGUUCUUUCUGUGGCUACUUGUAGGAAACGAUUACCAUUAACGAGAGAGGCGGAUCGAGUUCCGCGUGCUAUGCUGCGGAGGACCGCCUCGUCCACCUGUUCUUCCUACUUAUCAUCCCGCAAAUAAUGCGGUAUAAAGGGAAGCUGGAUUUAUUCUUUAGCUCAAAAUCGAAAGACUUAUCGCCAGGAAAUUGACAAUUCGUCAAGCCAGUACGCUCGAGCAAUGUAUGGAGAUAGAAUGCCAGCAACUGAAUGCUCUAGCCCUUCGCCAGGAAUAUGAUUACCUGGGAAGCUGGUGAGAAGCUUGAAAUACUCGAAGAUAUCUAUAUUUUGGAUUAAAAUGGAAAAACUUGAAUGUUUUGUUCUAUUUCGAAACUAUCUUUAAGCGCUGCAUCAUUUAUGUCGUAAACGACUGAGUCACGUUAGGGAUCAAAGGAUAAAGGUGUUCCGAGGAAGACAGCUAGACGAAGACGUGGUCUCUUUCGACAACAGAUUUGGAAAGAAGCAGUUUUAUCGCGUUAAUUGAAUGGACAUUGUAUGGCGUGCUUUAUUAAAUUUCUACCAUAACGUUACGUCGCUGGGCUCAUUGCUUAGCAACCGGAGGUAACAACAGAAGCGGCUAUAGCAGUUUAUAGCAUGUUACUUACGUUACGGCCUUACAGCUGCCUCUGUUGCGCGGGGUGGCAGAUGUCUCUCUCAAAUGUCGGCGUCCAACGUCAUCGGGGGAUCGCGACUGGAGUACGAUCCCCACCCCUACAUGGAUCUUCGUGACCGACGUCUUCCGGGAAACUGACGGCUUUUUCUCCCUUCCUUCUACCUGUCUCCUAUAAAUUGAUCGCAACAAGAAAGGACAAGCUUGGCAAAGACGGGACUCCGAGAUGGCGUACAAGCAGCAACCGGUCCAGGACGAGCUGGAGCUGGAGACGAUGGCGGAGGCCGAGCUCUCGAGGCUGAAGAGGCAAUACAGGAUAAUGGAGAACGAUCGGGCGGCGUGCGCGGAGGACGCGAGGCUGCAGCUCCGCAACCAGCGGAACGCGAUCGACCGUCUGGAAUACGAAAAGGCCGAGCUCGUGCUGGAGAUUAAGACCGCACGAUCGAAGGCAUUCACACGCAGGGACAUGGAGAUGGACCGGAAGCUGAAGUGCCUGCUGGCGAGGCGCGCCAAGUACACCGAGCUAAUAGAGAACGAGAAGCAACAGAUAGCCGAGCUUGACGAGCAGAUCAACAAGCUUUCGAAGGAUGUCGCGGGCAUGAAGAUGAAAGUACGCACCGACGUGCAGUCGCGGGAGAUAGCGGCGCAGCACACGAAGACGAUACUCAUGCUGGAGAACCGGGUGGAGGUGGCGACCAAGAGGUUCAACCUGGUGAUAGCGGAGAACGCGAGGCUGCGCGCCGAGAUCGAGACCCUGCUGAAGGAGCGGACGCAGUUCACGCAGGUGUGGGGCAAGCUGAUCGGGCAAUUGAACACGGGCAAGCAGAUCAUCAACGAUCUGAUCGAGCAGGCGACGGUCACGUUCAAUCAACGGGACGAGGAGCUCAACAAGAUCCAGGCGCUUCGCGAGAGGGGUAUAAGGGACCUGAAGAACCACACGUCGGAGAUGUGCGAGUUGCAACGAACUCUGGACAACGAGAUGAAGCUGCAGGAGUUUCUGGGCGUGAAGGGACAGUUCCGUGAGAUGGUCGACCUGAACGCGAAGAGGGAGGCCGAGAGGCAGGCCAAGCGGGAGGAGAAGCAAAACAAGAUAGCGGCCUUCACGCAAAUCUUGCAGACGAUCAGGCAAUUCACCGGCGAGCAAGAGAUCGACAAGCUCACCGCGCACUUCAUCAAGCAAGAGGAGGAGAAUUUCGCACUCUUCAGCUACGUCAACGAGUUGAACGACGAGUUGGAGAGUCUUCAAGCGAGAAUGGAACAGCUGUCGGUGGCCAUCGACGAGGCGCGUGCCCUGAAUGUGCAUCGCGACCAGCAGCAGGCUGAGACAUUGGAAAAGAUCGGCAAGGAAUUGGAGGAACAGACAGCGUUAGCGGACGCUGCCGAAGAGGAUCUCGCUGAGUGCAACGACGCGAUGGAUAAGCUGCUGCGGGGGAUCGACGGCCUCUUCAAGGCGAUACAUUGCGACAACUCGCCGAUUUUAGAAUUGCUGGGCGACAACACCCACGUUACCAUGAGCAACGUCAUGCUCUACUUGGGCAUUAUCGAGAAACGUAUCACCGAGAUGUUCCACAAGGUUUACUGGGUGGACAAGGAGAGCAAAGUUCCGCAGCUGCGACUGGACGAAGAGAGGAAGCCCCGGCUGAAAGUGCCCGUUCUCACUCGCAUCGUACCCACCCAACCCUGUGUCCUCUGCGUGGAACAAGAGCAGAUGCAGUUCGUCUCGGAGGGCCUGGAGGUGCCGCUGACACGUGCCGAAGCCAUGCAGAAGCUGCGACAGAGGCUCAUGGAGGAUUACUCGGAGCUGCUUCACAACGUGUCCGCCUGUCACUUACCGGCGGCUAGAAAGAUUAUGCAAAGACGUUAUCAAUAAAGGGAAUUAACGAAGCGUAUUUUCUUCGCGGAUUUGCGACGUGACCUUUUGCAUCGUGACGACGUUCGCGUGAAAGCUCACGAGGAUUCAGUCCACGAGGGGUAGCAGAUCGUUGCGAGCGCGACCGCGACACAAAUAAUAAUAAUUCUGUAUAUCGAGUUUUUGAAUUGUAACGAUUUACUUAAAUCCAUUUUGAGAUAUAUGUAUAUAGAUUUUACACAAACAUCAGCGAUGUCAUUUUACCAAGCGUUUCAUUAAUUUACUUGGCCAUCGCUCAUCCGCCGGCUUUGCGACAUCGCUUAAUCGCAAUCAGUCGCGGUAAUGG